AUGAGCGACCAGAACUUCAGAGAUUCCGAAGUGGACAGUACCGGCCUCUUCCCCAUCCCGGGAAAUAUUGGCAACAUGUCGAUGAACGUUCACAUUCAAACAGAAGAGACAGAUUUCAAGGUAAAGGGAAACAAGAAACGGAAAGCGAAGAAAAAAAAGAAAGAAACCCCUGGAGGAGAAACAUCAGGUAUCGCAGGUUUGUUCAGGUACGCUACCGCUGGGGAUAUAACGCUGAUGGUGAUCGGGUUUCUGGCUUCCAUCGUUAACGGCGCUGCUCUUCCCUUCCUGGCCGUCCUCUUCGGUCAGAUGACGAACAUGUUCAACAAUGUAGCCACUCACGGCUUUAAAGAUGAGAUAAAUUCAACUAUCAAUCGUGACGUCUUCUCAGACAUUUCGAUACACGAAACACCCUGGACAACCGGAAAUGGCUCCGAUGUAAGAAUAACUAGAAAUGAAUUCACAACAGCAAUGGCACAUUUCUCCAUGUAUUACAUCUACGUUGCUUGCGCUGUGUUGGUUGCAGUAUUUAUACAGACAUUGUGUUGGGAAAGCGCUUGUGAGAGACAGAUAUUCAGACUAAGGCAGAUUUUCUUUUCACAAAUUCUAAGACAGGAUAUCAGCUGGUAUGAUGAAAACGAAGAUGGCGAUCUGCCUCACAAGUUGUCUGAUGACUUGGAAAGAAUAAGGGAAGGUAUCGGAAGCAAGUUCAGCAUGUUGACGCAGUACUCGUCGACUUUCAUAACAGGCAUAGCGGUCGGCUUCCAUGCCAACACCAAGCUCACGUCGGCCAUGAUAGUCAUUGCUCCGCUGGUUAUCGGCAUGUCGGCCGUUGUAGCUAAGGCGAUGAGUGGGUCCGCUGCCAGAGAACAGAUACGCUAUGGCGUUGCAGGAGGGAUAGCCGCUGAAGUGAUCAACGCUGUGAAGACUGUCGCUUCCUUCGGCGGAGAGCCCAGGGAGAUAAAGAGGUAUGGCGAAGCAUUGGAAGAAGGCAGGAAGAUAACAAUGGGAAAAUAUUACGUGCUCUCGGUAGCGGCGGCCAUGAUGUUCGUCGUCUCUUACGGUGCUUUCGCCUUCGCCUUCUGGUAUGGCUCCCAGCUGCUCAGUCGUGGCGACGCCACAGCUGGCAGUAUAUUUACUGUAUUUUUCAGCGUUAUGACAGGAGCCUUCACCGUCGGGAACGCGCUGCCUUUCGUUAACACGGUGAGUACGGCCAUAGGAUCUGCGUCCACUAUCUUUGGCAUCAUCGACAGGACUCCCCCCAUAGACUCCUAUUCUGCAGAAGGAAUGGUCCCUGAUAAAGUGGAUGGCGAAAUAACGUUCAAAGAUGUCCAGUUCGUUUACCCGACUAGACCUGAAGUUAAGGUCCUUCGAGGGUUGACCAUCACCAUUCACCCAGGAACAUCCGUGGCCCUCGUCGGUGCCAGCGGGGCGGGGAAGAGCACCGUGGUGGGGCUGCUGCUUCGCUUCUACGACCCUGAUGGCGGAGAGGUCCUCUUGGAUGGGACUAACGUCCAAGACUUCAACCUGGCGUGGCUUCGAAGCCAGAUCGGUCUUGUGUCGCAGGAGCCGGUGCUCUUCGGCGUCUCCAUCGCGGACAACAUCCGCUACGGCAGGGACAAUAUUACGGAAUACGACAUCGUCAGAGCUGCCACCCUGGCCAAUGCACACAGCUUCAUUAAGGAUCUUCCUAAUGGUUACGAUACACAAGUUGGGGACAAAGGCACCAUGAUGUCCGGAGGACAGAAGCAGAGGAUCGCCAUCGCUAGGGCACUCGUCAGGGACCCUAAGAUCUUGCUCCUCGACGAGGCCACUUCAGCUCUCGAUGCUCACAGCGAAGGCGUCGUCCAGGCCGCUUUGGACAAUGCCAUGAGGGGUCGCACCACGGUCAUCAUCGCCCACAGGCUGUCCACCAUAAGGAAUGUCGACAAAAUAUACGCUUUGAAGGACGGUCAGGUAUUUGAGUCUGGUAGUCAUCAAGAAUUGAUGGAAAAAGAAGGACUUUACCACAGCCUAGUGAUGGCUCAGAAGAAAAGAGAUCAGAGAAGCCAGAUUUCAGAAAGUGAAGGACCAGCUGAAAUAGAAGCUACUGUUGAGCAGCAAACGAUUCCCAUUGAAAGGAAGAAGUCUGGUUUCUUUUCAAGGAUAUCUUUAAGAAGAAGUAGAUCCUCAGCCACAUCUUUGAAGAAUAUAUUUAUUGGAAAUUCAAAUGAAGAUGAAUCAAAAGAGGAACUUGCUAAGAGGGUGAGCUUCUAUAGAAUUUUCAUGAUGAACAUCACGGAAUGGCCUUUUAUGUUACUCACCGUUAUAGGAUGUAUCAUUGUAGGAACAAGCAUGCCGCUAUUUUCUUCAUUUUAUGCUGAUGUCUUCCAAACAUUUACAUUAACUGGUCAAGAUUUCGCAAGUGCUGUUAUUUUUUGGACUGGGGUGUACGUCUGCUUUGCUCUUAUCGCUGGUUUUGGUAAUUUUCUAGCAGCUAUAUGUUCUUCAAUAUUAACUGAGAAAAUGAUUGCCGUUAUGAGGCUUAAAGCUUUUACCAGCAUAGUCCGGCAGACCAUCGGGUGGUUCGAUGCUGAGUCUCACACAGCUGGUAGAUUGGUCACUUCCUUGGCCAGGGACCCUCCUCUCAUCAAAGCCGCCGCUGGUUUCCGAGCUGGUCAAGUAUUGAUUGCGGCUACAUCAUUGAUUGCUGCUUUGGUGAUCGCCUUUUCCACAGGUUGGAAGUUGGCCUGUAUUCUUCUAGUAGUCGUUCCUAUUAUCGCUGGAGCAGCUUACAAGCAGGCUAGUCUACUCAGGCGACAUCAGAAGAGAGAUGCUAAAUUUAUGGAUGAUGCUGGACAGGUUGCAACCGAAGGAGUAUUAAACUUGAAAACUGUGCAAGCCCUUGGAAAGGAGAAGCUUUUUAUAAGCAGAUACAAAAAAUGCCUUGAUCUACCCUACAAAGAAUCAAAAAAGCAAGCUUAUGUUUAUGCAAUGGUGUUUGCCAUUUCACAGGCGAUGAUUUAUGUAAUGUAUGCUGCUGCUUUUAGAUUUGGUGCUAAGCUCAUUUCUGGAGGUGAAAUGGAUCCUACUCAAGUUUACAGAGUAUUUUUUGCUCUAUCAUUUUCUGCGACAGCGAUAGGCCAAGCUGCAACUUACUUUCAAGACUUUGCUAAAGCAAAACUUUCGAUCGGUUUUGUCUAUAGGUUAAUGAACCUAGAAUCUGAUGUUGAUCCAUUGGACUCAUCUGGAAUUAAACCUGCUAUUCAAGGAAGAGUGACAUUUAGAGAUAUUUAUUUUUCAUACCCCACAAGAAGAAACAUUCCCAUUUUAAGAGGUCUAAACCUGACAAUUGAACCAGGUCAGACUGUUGCACUCGUCGGAGGAUCUGGUUGUGGAAAGUCCACACUCAUUGGUCUAUUGGAAAGGUUUUACCUACCAUCAAGUGGAAAAGUGCUAAUAGAUGACAUUGAUAUAACAACAGUAAAUUUAAAAUGGCUUCGAAGUCAUAUUGGUUUAGUGACACAGGAACCAGUCUUAUUCGACUGUUCUAUUAAAGAUAACAUAGCUUAUGGUGCAGCAGAACCUCACCUCGUUAAACACAAUGACAUAAUAGAAGCUGCAAAAACAGCAAAUAUCCAUGAGUUUAUCAUAAAUUUACCACAGGGCUAUGAUACUCCAGUUGGGGACAGAGGAGCAAAAUUAUCAGGAGGUCAGAAACAAAGACUCGCAAUCGCUAGAGCUCUGAUAAGGAAUCCAAAAAUCCUUCUACUUGAUGAAGCUACGUCAGCGCUGGAUACAGAGAGCGAAAAGAUUGUACAAGAGGCUUUAGACAGAGCCAGGAAAGGGCGUACCAGCAUUGUCAUAGCCCAUCGAUUGUCCACAAUACAGAAUGCGGAUGUGAUAGCAGUCAUCCAUAAGGGUAAGGUAGCUGAGAAAGGAACUCAUGAAGAACUGAAAAAAUUUGGAGGGCUGUAUUUUGAACUUAUAAAAUACCAAUAA